AUGGCCCCGCCCCCUCCAUCCUGCAUUGUGGAGGCGCCGCUGUGCGCCCAGGCGAAUUUCCCCCUUUCUGCCAUCGAUUUCUCAAGAAAUCGGUUUGCUUUUGCACUGAUGCGGAGGAGGAAAAGGGGAGAGGAGGGGAAAUGGGCAGCGCUUUGAAGGCUGGAGCGCGUAAAAGGGAGUGAGAAGGAGCUAUGUGACGGCCGCCGCCCCCACACCCAGGGAAAACCUCCAAAAACCAGCCCAGUCUACCUGACUUUCUGCUUGGUCUUUCUUUUUCUCUCUCUCCUCCUUUGGUAAAGGCAGAAAAGUGAGAAAGAGGAUUCGAAAAUGCUGGACACCAUCCAUGCCACGAUCUUGGAGGGCGGGAGGAACGUCUUCCUUACACUUCCCAAGCUCACGACAGAAGGUAAGCUCUGUUUCCCCGCUGGGUUUUUACAGUUCAGCCUCCUGAAUGAACCACAAGGCUAAUAUUCUGCAGUGCAAAUUGCUUUUAUGAAUGACUGUACCUGGGAAAGCAUCUGUUGUUGCAUGCAAGAGAAUCCUAGAUGAUAUAGAUAUAGAUAUAGAUAUAGAUAUAGAUAUAGAUAUAGAUAUACAUAUACAUAUACAUAUACAUAUACAUAUACAUAUACAUAUACAUAUACGACUGGAAAGAAGAAACCAGUGGCAUCCAGCAAGCCAAAAAGGCUAAUAUAAUAGACUUGAAAUUACAUUGCAAACCAAUUUUAGUCUAUGUGAAUAUCUAAUACUUCUUGUUCUUAAAUCUACACAAAAGUUAUCCUAUUGCAACAUCUGGAAAAUGAGAUUCCAAGAAGUCUGUGGAACUCCCUGCCUAUUGAGAUCAAGCAAGGCACAUUCUGUGUACUUUUUUCAGCACCUGCUAAAAACAUUCUUGCCUACCCAGGUGCUUAGAAAGUUGAGGAAAUUUUAAUCCGUUUAACUUUUAGUUAACUUUUUGUUUACUCUCUCUCUCUCUCUGUUUUACAAUUUUGAAUACUCAUUUAAACAUGCUUCUAAAACAUCUUCUGCAUACCAUGAAUCCCUACAUAUAUUAUGUAAACUGAACCAUUCAGUAUUCCAUCAUUGCAUCCAUAAAAACUUAUUUGCACUGUUGAAUUUAUCUUAAUGCUACCAGCGUUUUCAAGUGUACACAAUUCUCCCCCAUAUACUCAAUAGACAUUUUCCAAACUUCUCCAAAUGCAUGUUCUUCUUGUUCUCUUUUUCGAUAUGUUUAGCUGCACAUAUUCCAUCAGAUUAAGUUGCCAUUAUUCUUUAGUUGGGACAUCGCUUUUUUCCAUUUUUGGGCUAACAAAAUGCGGGCCACAGUAGCAGCAUACAUAAAUAACCUUUUUUGACACCUGGGAAUUUCCAUCUGAAUUAUCCCCAACAAAAAGGACUCUGGUUUUUUGGGAGAAAGUACCUUUAAACAUUUUUUUUCAAUUCAUGAUGGAUUAUUUCCCAAUACGCUUUUACCCCUUUACAGUUCCACCAGAUUUAAUCUCCAGAUUCAGUCUCUGGGGGCUGGAAGUGUCUCCUGCCUGAAAGCCUGCAGAACGGCUGCCAGCCAGAGUCUACCCUGUAAAGAGCACUAAGCUAGAUGGACCACUUGUUUGACUCCAUUUAAGGCUAUGCCCUUAUCUUACCUGACUCCCCAUCCCCUUCACAACCUCCAUUUCCCCAUAAUACUUGAGAUCAGCUAGGAAGAUAGGAAGCUGCUUUAUACUGAGUUUGACCACUGACCCAUGUAGCUUAGUAUUGCAUGCACUGACUGGCAGCAGCUCAAUAGGGUUUCAAGGAAGGGAACUCUCCCAGCGCUAGGUGGAGAAGCUGGGGAUUGAACCUGAGACCUUUUGCAUGCUAAACAAACCUGAACAAACUACAAUUCCCAGGAUUCCUUGGGGGAAUUAAUGCACUUUAAAUGAAUGGUGUGUAUGCAGCUUGUGUAUGUAUUAAGCAGGCAUGUUUAUGUGUAGGUCUGGCCCCAUCACUUGGCCCACAUUGGUUUCCAGGUGUCAUCCGACAGCUUGGUGCUGUUCCCCUAUACAUUUUUGCUGUUGUUGUUUAGUCGUUUAGUCAUGUCCGACUCUUCGUGACCCCAUGGACCAGAGCACGCCAGGCACUCCUGUCUUCCACUGCCUCCCGCAGUUUGGUCAAACUCAUGCUGGUAGCUUCGAGAACACUGCCCAACCAUCUCUUCCUCUGUCGUCCCCUUCUCCUUGUGCCCUCCAUCUUUCCCAACAUCAGGGUCUUUUCCAGGGAGUCUUCUCUUCUCACGAGGUGGCUAAAGUAUUGGAGUCUCAGCUUCAGGAUCUGUCCUUCCAGUGAGUACUCAGGGCUGAUUUCCUUCAGAAUGGAUAGGUUUGAUCUUCUUGCAGUCCAUGGGACUCUCAAGAGUCUCCUCCAGCACCAUAAUUCAAAAGCAUCAAUUCUUCGGCGAUCAGCCUUCUUGAUGGUCCAGCUCUCACUUCCAUACAUCACUAUUAGGAAAACCAUAGCUUUUACUAUACGGACCUUUGUUGGCAUGACAUAUAGGGAGUCGGCCCUCGACGUUGAUGCAGUGCCCUGAAUUCAGUUGCCUAUAACAUGGUUUGAGAAAUCUCGGUAAGGGCCUUUUGCAGCACCACAUUUAAAGUAUUCCUCUGCAAAAUUGCCGGCUCCAUUCAAGGCAAGAGAGUUGUUGCGGUAGCUCAGUGUUCCCUUCUGUUGCUGACAUAUCAGUCUAAUAUUAGUUGCAAAAGGGAAGUGGAAUUGGCUUCUUACUGUCUGGAAAAGCGAGGAGCCACUAUAGUAAGGAGUGAUGGGAGUUAUAUCCCAAACAUCCCUUGAGGGCAACACGUUGGCUAUUCCAGAUACAAAUGCCCCGUAGCCUGUGGUUCCUUCCUUCCUUCGCUUUCGCUUUAUGGGACAAGGGUAUUAACACAACACAGGAUAACUGUAUGCGACAACGGCCGUGAGACUUCUGGUAGCACAAGGAUGGAAGCCUGAAGAAACCCCAACUAAAGAAUCAUGGCAAGAAAAAAAUGAUGGACUAUGCAGAACUGGCAAAACUGACAUAUAAGCUACGGGACAAAGAUAACUGUGACUUUAAGGAUGAAUGGGAACCCUUUACAAAGUAUCUGUAGACGCAACAAAGCGAACUGGACUCCUUGGCAGGUUUUGAAUAAACAUUCACAAACUUUUUAUUGAUAAUAAUCAGUUAAAUAGUUUGAGGAUCUAUACAAUUUUGUAACAUGCAGAAAACAGCAUUCUUAGAGAAACCAAAGACUGGAACUGAGGGAAGUCGGGGGGUGGGGUGGGCGUGGGUGGGUUUUGUGUGGGAGGGGGGGAGGGAGGAAAAAUAGGGGAAAAAACAAGGAUGAUAUGUUUUUAAAUAAUAUGUCUUGUUAUAAUUUUGAAUAAAAAAAAGUCUAAAAAGGAUAACUCUGUAUUUCUUUGCAUUUCAGAUAUUCUUGGUAUUUGGGGUACUGUUUCGGAGUUUGUUGAAAAGCAACUUUCCAUGAAUAAGGUGGGAAUUGUUUGUUCCUUUGCUUAAAUGCCUGUUUUGAAAGAUUUGGGCAUUUGUGCAUUCUGGUCAAAGCAGCCAGAGUCCAUGCAGAUAAAUUCUCCUUUUUUGCUGAUGUUUGGUGUGAACAUGCUCACAGAAGGUUAAUCCCUCAUGGAGGCAGUGCUAUUUUCUGGAAAAAUAGGUUUGGGGAAUUACAAUAAGCACCUCCCUUGUUGUCUCAGAAUGGCAAUGGCGGCCACCUGAGAGGUGCCAGAACAGAAGAAAUGGCUUCCAAUCUUGUUGGGUUCAGAAAUGCACUUGAAACCAUGGCUUCAUAUCCUGGCUUGUUUGGAAGCCGCUAACCAUAGUUUCCUGGUUUUCACCUGAUGGGAAGUUAUGGUUAAUACUCAAGCAAAGGGAGGAGCAGAAGGGUUGCAUUUGGGUGUACAAAGCCCAUGCAUAUUGUGAUUUGAUGGUGCAAACUGGGCUUUCAUGCCCAGAACCCUUCCAACAAUCCUAUAAGGUGAGCCCAUCUAGUUCUCAGCGCUAUCUACACUGACUCGCAACAACUCUCAAAGUUGCCAUCUAGAAAUGUCAAGGAUUGAACCAAGAACCUUCUGAAUGCUAAGCAGUUCUCCCAAUCAGCUAAGGUCUUUUUCCAAAUUUGUGGGUGUGGGGUAAAGGUAAAGGGACCCCUGACCAUUAAGCCCAGUUGUGACCGACUCUGGGGUUGCGGCGCUCAUCUCGCUUUAUUGGCCGAGGGAGCUGGUGUACAGCUUCCGGGUCAUGUGGCCAGCAUGUCUAAGCAGCUGCUGGCGAACCAGAGCAGCCACGGAAACACCGUUUACUUUCCCGCCGGAGUGGUACCUAUUUAUCUACUUGCACUUUGACUUGCUUUUGAACUGCUAGGUUGGCAGGAGGUGGGACCGAGCAACGGGAGCUCACCCUGUUGCGGGGAUUCAAACCACCGACCUUCUGCUCGGCAAGUCCUAGGUUCUGUGGUUUAACCCACAGCACCACCCACGUUCCGUGGGUGUGGGGUAUGGCUUGCCUAAUGUUUGAUCCGACCUAAAAUUUGAACUGGUGACUUCAUAGCUCAUGUUCUAAACCAUUACAGUAGUCCAGCUGUGCCUUCUUUUUCCAGGGUGUUUUAAUACCAGGGUUGGGGACGUUCUCCUUCUUGAGACAGAAGCUUGAAGUCGGUAAUAACAAAUACAUCCUCAUACAGCGGCCUGUGUUCCUUCUGUCUGAGAAACUUGCGCAGAUCCAUGGGCUGAAGUUUAACAAAAUACACACUCCCGGUAAGAAAUGGGGUUGUGGUGUGUGCUUUCCUCCAAGCCCGUGUGUGCAGUGUACAUUUUGCGGUGUGCAACCAAGCUAUGCAACCAACAUAACACAUGGUAUUACGGAGCGAAAAUGCAGCAGCGCUGAGGAUGGCAGCAGAGUUAUGGAAAGAAUGGGAAGCAGAAACUAGUUUUUGCCCUAGGAACACAGGACAGUUUUAUUCCAUAGUUCAUGGCUUGAGCCAGGGAAAAGCUGGUUGUGGUGAGCACCUAUUGGCUAGCACUAGUGCCAUCACCAACACAGGUGAGCACAGUACCCAGAACAGUUUUACAAUUAGAUUUUUGUUAUGGGGAGGGGAGAGUAGAGUGAAGGGUCAGCGUAUGCCAGUGGUGAUUGGCGCCAGGGGCAAAAGUGGAGAUGGGAAGAGGUAUAACCUUUGUACAGUAGGCUGCAAAAAUAUUGGGCUUCAUGUUUCAGGUAAGGAAGAUGUACCACCAUUGCGGUUCAGGGACACAUUCCAGCAAGGGAAAAGUACUUCAGGAAGGUGUGGGGCAAGGCCAGUGAGAGGUGUGGCCUGUGAAGGGGGCAUGGCCUAUGAAUCAAAAGGGCCAGGUGGAGAGGCCUGGAGGCCACGCCUCUCUUCUCCACCAACGGUCCAAGAUGAGGGAGAAAAAAAGUUUCCUACUGGGAGAAAUGUAUGAACAAGCUAUUAGUGUUCUAACAUUUUACUCAUAAGAUGCAUUGCAGAGUUAGGGAUUCAAAUGUGGCCCUUCAGGCCUUUCUCUUUGGCCCUCAGAACUAUCCCCAGGCCCCACACUCUCCUCACUGGCCCUUGUUUCACACUUUGAGUGUACAGUGCCUCUCACUUGUCUGAACGGAGGAAAGAGAGGUAUAUAUAAAAAACUAGCCUCUUGUACAAAGGUAAAAUUUACAUUUGUUGCUCCGCCUACUUUUGCCCCUCGCCCCGCCCACCACUGGCAAAUGCCCCUUGGGAUGGACAUAGUCUUGCUUCCUGUUCAGAUGAUUUCUCUCUUCACCGAUUCUUUUCCUGCUGCCCUCCCCUAGGUGAUAUCCCAAUUGUUCCGCUAAAUUUCAUAGUGUUAUCCCUGGAGGGUCCUUUCAACAGGGAGACCGUGGAAGGAUGUGUCCGAGAGACGCUGCUGUCCUUCUCGCGCUCCAUCGCCACCAAGCAGACGGUCGAGUUCACCUUCAAAGGGAUCGGUGUGCUGGUGAUCCGGGACAACAGGGUGAAAAUGAAGUUUUACAAAGACUUCCUUCGUGCCAUGGAUGGGAGUGGGAAUCUCCUGAAGGCGCUUACAAACGUACGUUGCUCAUCGUUUCCUUCUGGGCCUGGAUAUCAUUCCGGUCUGAUAUUUCACCUGUCGUAAUAAUAAAUAAUUAUUGCAUUUGAGGCAGUUUCAUUGUUUAGAGUGUGGUGCUGAUAGCACAAGGAGGACACGAGUGGCACUGUGGUCUAAACCACUGAGCCCCUUGGGCUUGCCGAUCGGAAGGUUGGUGGUUCGAAACCCCACAAUGGAGUGAGCUCCCAUUGCUCUGCCCCAGCUCCUGCCAACCUAGAAGUUCAAAAGCACACCAGUACAAGUAGAUAAAUAGGUACAACUGUGGCAGGAAGGUAAACAGUGUUUCCGUGUGCUCUGGUUUCCGUCACGGUGUUCCGUUGCGCCAGAAGCGGUUUAGUCAUGCCAUCCACAUGACCCGGAAAGCUGUCUGUGAACAAACACUGGCUCCCUCAGCCCGAAAGUGAGAUGAGCACUGCAACCCCAUAGUUGCUUUUGACUGGACUUAACCCUCCAGGGGUCCUUUACCUGCUGAUAAUGCCAAGGUUGCAGGUUCAAUCCCCAUAUGGGACAGCUGCAUAUUCCUGGACUAGAUGAUCCAGAGGGUCUCUUCCAACUCUGUUUCUAUGAUUCUUGUAUGAUUUGUAUUGUUGAUGCAACAAUAAGUACAUUAGUUGGAUGUAUGUAUAAAGGCAAAGGACCCCUGGACAAUUAAGUCCAGUCAAAGGCGACUAUGAGGUUGCGGCGUUCAUCUUGCUUUCAGGCUGAGGGAGCCGGUGUUUGUCCACAGACAGCUUUCUGGGUCAUGUGGCCAUCAUGACUUAAACAAUGGGACACCGUGAUGGAAACCAGAGCGCAUGGAAACACUGUUCACCUUCCUGCCGGAACGGUACCUAUUUAUUUACUUGCACUGGUGUGCUUUCAAACUGCUAGGUGGGCAGGAGCAGGGACAGAGUAAUGGGGGCUUACUCCAUUGCAGGGAUUCGAACCACUGACCUUCUGAUCGGCAAGCCCAAGAGGCUCAGUGAUUUAGACCACAGCGCCACCUGCUCCUCCUAAGAACAUAAAGAGAGCCUGCUGGCUCAGGCCAAUGGCCCAUCUAGUCCAGCAUCCUGUUCUCACAGUGGCCAACCCUGGGUAAUCUGCAAGCAGGAUUCGAGCACCAGAGCCCUCUUCCCACUUGUGGUUUCCAGCAGCUGUGCUGCCUCCAACUGUGGAAGCACAGCUAUCAGGGCUAGGAGCCAUAGAUAACCCUCCCUCCAUGAAUUUGUCUAAUCCUCCUCGAAAGCUGUUCAAUUUGGUGGCCUUCACCACCUUCUGUGAGAUCAGGUUCCAUAGUUUAAAGAUGUGCUGCUCAUGGUUCCUUCAAGAGUGGAUGACUGCAAUGUGCUCUACAUGGGGCUUCCCUUCCACUUGAUCCAGAAGCUACAGACAGGGCAGGAUGCUGCAGCAGAAUUGCUAGUAGGAACGAGGCCUUGCCAGCAUAGGACACCUGUGCUCAGAGGUCUACACUGGUUGCCAGUUUGCCACCAAGCCAAAUUCAAGGUGGUGUUAUUAGUAUACAAAGCCCUUAACAACUUGGGACCAGUUUACUUGCAAGAUCAUCUUGCCCCAAAUGUGCUCACCUGAGUGCUUUGAUCUGCGGAACUGGCCCUGCUACAGGUACCACACAAUACCUGUUCCACAUUUGUACGAAAUCGAUCUUUUAGUGUAGCAGCACCUAGACUUCAGAACUCCCUGCCUAUUUUCCAGCACCCGCUAAAACCAUUUUUGUUUAGACAAGGUUACCCAGAUGAGCCGAAUGUUGAUGUGCGUUCAAACCUGUUUUUAGUUUUGCCGAUUUAAUUUUCAAAAAGGUUUUAAAUAGUUGCUUUCUGCUCUUUUACCGACAGUCGUAUUGUUUUAUUCUCUUUGUAAUCCGCUUUGAGUUAACUUGUUUUUCUUUUACAGUCAAGCAGUGUAUAAAAAUAUAUAUAUGAACCACCACCCCUUUUUUCAUUAUAGAGGCCAGGCACAGGGGACUCAGUGUUGUCAGCCAAAGAAACCGCUCUUCCACAUUCAUGCACCGGUAACGUGGUUUUGUUUCCAAGGUGGGUAGGCUCACCUGAUCUGCACAUAGAUUUCACCUGUCUCUCUCCUAAGGUGACUGCGAAACAGUUUUGAUCUUUUUGAGAUGGGAUGGAAAUUGCAAGUAGUUCAAAACACGGUUGCUCCCAGACUACUAGAUGGUCUGGCUUCUGGGGAAGAGUGUCUGCAAGCCACGAUGGCUGUGUUCUGCCUCUGCCAUCAGAAAUGUUAUUCCUCCGAAUACCAGUUUUCUGAGAAUUGCAGUUGAAUAACUGUUGGGUGAAGGGACACGGGUGGCGCUGUGGAUUAAACCACAGAGCCUAGGACUUGCCGAUCAGAAGGUCGGUGGUUCGAAUCCCCGUGAUGGGGUGAGCUCCCGUUGCUUGGUCCCUGCUCCUGCCAACCUAGCAGUUCGAAAGCCCGUCAAAGUGCAAGUAGAUAAAUAGGUACUACUCCGGCGGGAAGGUAAAUGGCGUUUCCGUGUGCUGCUCUGGUUUGCCAGAAGCGGCUUAGUCAUACUGGCCAUAUGACCCGGAAGCUGUACGCCGGCUCCCUCGGCCAAUAAAGCGAGAUGAGCACCGCAACCCCAGAGUCAGCCACGACUGGACCUAAUGGUCAGGGGUCCCUUUACCCUUUACUUAACUGUUGGGUGGAUAAUGAUUACAAGCCCCUCCGACUGUCUCGGGCUGUAUCAUUUUACUUUUCAAUUAGAGUAGAUUUGACGAAUGACGAACAGAUGCAAACAUAGAAUAGGAGCCAAAAUAAAUAAACCACAGGUACGUGAAUGCAAGGGAGGCAGUGACUAGAACUAUUUAUAACAUAGCAUGAAUGGUUAAAACUGGAGAAUCGGUGCAGCCAUAAAAUUGCUAGCACAUUUGCAAAGCUAAGCAGGGUCUGGUAUGGUUUCAAAUUGGACGGGGGUCUUAAGAUUCCUACAUUGAAGAGGGUUGGACUAGAUGACCGCUGGGUCCCUUUCCACUCUACAGUUCCAUUAUUCCAAUCUGCGUCUUCCUUCUGUGUUACUAAGUUUCUCUCCCUGUCCGCUACCCUAACCCUCUUACUUAGUUCCACAUACAUUGCUAAACUAUUGGACCAUCUAGCUCAAUAUUGUCUACUCUGGCUGCCAGCAGCUCUCCAGAGUCUCAGGUGAGGGCUCCAGACCUGUUGCUUGAGAUCCUUAUAACUCUGUCCCCAUCAGCCUUAGCCCAUCUCUUUGUAUCAGGGAUGCUUCCAGGUUUGAGGUGGCGCUUGGCAAAGGGCCCUCUGGUGGGUGCCACCACUUUAAAUCUCACCCAGAGGUGAUGGACUCUCCUUUCUUGGAGGCCUCUAAGCAGAUCACCUGAUGGGGAGUCUUUCGUUGCUGUUCCUGCUUUGCAGGGGUUUGGACUAGAAGGUCUCUUGGGUCCCUUCCAGCUCUGCAAGUCCAUGAUAAAUUCCCCACAAUUCAACUUCCCCUUUUGGGUGUGUGGAAGAGGGAACCCAAAGCUAUUUGUUUUGAUUGAUUUCCCCCAUCUCCACUCUCACAGCCACCGUAGGGUUGAGAUGGGAACCAUCCCCGAAGAAGGUGAGAAGACCAGGAAGGAAAAGGAGCAGGCAGAGAAAGAAAACAGCAAAAAAGGUGGGGCAAGAGCUUUUUGCUUUCGCAAGCCAUUUUAUUUUCAUUUAUUUCCUGAUGUAAGGAAAUAUUUCCUGAUAUAAAGACUGAUACGUCUUUACAGUGCCUGUCUUCCUGCACCACACUAGGACAUGUCCAAAAUUGUCCUGGAAACAGGCUGCGUAGCAUAUCUCAGACAUGACCUCAAGCAGAGAUGGAAAAGCUCUGGAAAUUUUGACAUCUUGCAGGGCCGUGGGGAGACGACACCAUUCCCCUCUAUUUAUUUAUUUGUUCAGGAAUAUUUACACCCCGCCUACUAACCAAAGUUUCUAAGGCAGCUUGCAAAAAUAAUUUACAGCCGUAGUCACUACAGAAUGGCAAAGAUAUGUCUCUGUCCCACCUCCUCCCCUUGUUGUCAGGUGCUCCAACAAAUGUUGUUCUGCAACUGAAUCUCCUCCCUUGUUGAUAGAGAAAAUAUUUCCCCCUUAGGUUUUUUCCUCUCCUUCAAAUUUUAUUUACCAGUAAGCAAGAUAAACUGAAGAGCUUACAGGACUUGGUUGGUUUUUAAAUGGGACAUUUGCGGGGAAAGUAAAACUACACACAUUUGCUUGUCGUAUGUGUGUGCGUGUUUGCAUUUUUCAUCCAUGGUUGAGUAGGGUUUUCACAUGAUUGCGAUAGAAUGGUGCAGUCGCUUAAUCUCCGCCCCCCCCCCAUUUGCACUUUUCACAGCUAAUUUUUCACGAGCUGCUUCUGUUCAGUCUGUGGAAUUCUUACGCAACCUUCUGCUUCUCUCCUUCCUGUAGAAAAUCUCUCGCCCAAGCGCCUUCUGUCUCGCCAGCUGAUUUCUCCAGCCAAAGUCUCAGGGAUCUGUUUGACCGAAGAGUAUGAGAAGAACUUGAAGCCCAAGCUGCCUCCGCAAAGGUAAGAUCUUGAUUCUGAAGGCAGCAGGGAGGUUUCUCACUCUCUGGUCCUGUGAAGAUAAGAAGCUGCCUAGGAUGGACUCAGACCACUUGUCAAUCUAGCCCAGUGGCUUGCUCUGAUUGGUUGCGUCUCUCUAGGGUCCCAGGCUUUAGAGAGAAAGGCUUUGGGGAAAACAACUAGGACAUGUUGGCCAUAUGGGUCCAGGUCAUCAGUUCUUGCUUUUCCACCUCCCCACCUGUCUUCUGUCUUCUUUGGCGAUCACUCGUAGCCGAGUAAGAUUGUCUUCCAUAAACACGGUUUUAACAAUGAGUCUGUAGGUGACUGUGGAGGCCAGUUCUGGAUCCACACUUCCUUCCACAGUGGGGACAUAGGUUUCCAGGUGGAAGUUGAUCAUGGUGAGAGUUUGCCAAACGUGCCUUCCUCUUAGCACGUUUCUCCCUUGUGUCUUGAGUUCAAGCAUCUUCAAAGCCCAUGACACCUUUGGUAAAGGCUGUUCUCCGAUUGGAGCGCUCGCAGGCCAGUCUUUCCCAGUUGUCAGUGUUUAUACCACAUUUUUAAAGAUUUGCCUUGAGAGAGUCUUUGAACCUCUUUUGUUGACCACCAGCAUUACGCUUACCAUUGUUCAGAAUAGAGGACAGUGGUACCUCGGGGAACAGACACUUCAGGUUACAGACUCCGCUAACCCAGAAAUAGUACCGCGGGUUAAGAACUUUACUUCAGGAUGAGAACAGAAAUCGUGUGGUGGCAGCGGGAGGCCCCAUUAGCUAAAGUGGUACCUCAGGUUAAGAACAGUUUCAGGUUAAGAACGGACCUCCAGAAUGAAUUAAGUUCUUAACCCGAGGUACCACUGUAGUUGCUUUGGAAGACGAUAAUCAGGCAUCCACACAACAUGACCAACUCAACAAAGUUGAUGUUGAAGUGUAAUUGCUUCAACACUGGUGAUCUUCACUUCUUCCAGUACACUGGCAUUAGUUCGCCUGUCUUCCCAAGUGAUGUGUAAUUUUUUUUGGAAACACUGUUGAUGGAAUCCCUGCCUGUCUCACAACUGCCACAGCUGUGUCCCCUCCAGAUGUUGUUGAACUACAGCUCCAUCUCCAGGGACCCAUGGCCUUCCUGGCUGGCACUGAUGGGAGUUGUAGCCCAAAAUACCUGGAGAGCAACAGGUGGGGAAAGCCUGCUCUAAGAUUUAAACAUUCAGGGUGGUCUGUGAAUGCUUUCAUCCAUCUUAUUUCCCCGCUGAGACGUGUGGCUGGAAUUGUCCCAUCUCAUUUCCCUGUGUACUUUAAAUACAAGAAUCUUCAGGGUCAAGAGGUGUUUGUUUGGUUUUCUGUCUGAGAUAGUGGCCCAGCUCAAACGGACAGUGUGGUCAAAUGUUUUGCCCUUGCCCUCUUCCUCUCCCUGCCAUGCACAAAUAUGCAUGUUGCAAUACUUUUUUAAGAAGAAUGGCAAUGGAGUCUGUGGGAUCUCUAGCAAUUUUAAUAUAGAAUUGAGUCAGAACGUUGGGCUCAUAGCAAUCUGCCUCCAGAACCGGGAUUUGGUGGCAAAGUUUGAACUCGAAUGGGUUCUUAAACCCUGCAACGCCCACUGGUUCUCCCCUGCAAAUCUGCCCCUUUUAUAUUGCUGGGCCCAUUUAUGAUUCUGCAACUUGGUUGCUUUUUGUUUAAGCUGCCAGGGUCUCAUUUGCAGGAGGGAAUUGAGAGAUGCCGAAAGGGUUAAGCAGCUGCCUCCUGCCCAGUGAUUUCAGCCUACAAGUGCUUCUCUUCCCCCCUCAUCAGUCUCCAAAAUACAGAAAUGCAAGGUUGGAGCUCCAUUUGCACUCCUGUCUAAUUUGGCCCGCAGGAAUUCAGUCUAGUGCUAUUGUUGAUUCAGACAAGGAGUUUGCAUCUUCACAAAGUCACAAAAACCUUCCUUAUUGUGCAAGAGGUUCUGUGGGGUGCAGGUCACCCUCUCAACGUAAAGAGUCUGCUUUGGUUUUCUCCUGACCAUUGCUCUUCCCUCCCCAUAUGCUCUCUGCAGCAGCUAUUGUGCAGCUGAACAACAAAGUAUAAUUGAAGAGACUCAGGAUUCUCUUUCUCAAUCGGGGGCAAAUUCUAUCCUUCCUCUUGAUGACAAGACACUGUUUGGUUUCGACAAGGUCAAAGUCCUCGGCGCUGAAAGGCUUUUUAAAUGUUUUAAGGGCUCGUCUGAGGCGUUGUGUGAGAGGCCAACAGGUGCUCUCUGAAGCCACUGAAAAAUGGAUUUGCCAGCAAUUAAAGAUGUAGGAGAACUUUUGUCCUUAACUGGAAGAGAUCCUUUGUUCAGGGCUGAGGGAAAUCGGAGGAGAUAAACCAGAGACCUCUUCCAUUAUUUGUGGGUUAACAUGGAGGCAUCUUCUUCGCAAGGGAAGCUGAUUAUAAUGUUGCACACAACAGACGGCACCAAAGAUGAGGAGGCCGAUAGAAUUUCAACUUGCCCUCUUUGCAUUCUGUUUAUUUAGAUAAUGGCGUUCAGCACACCUGCUGCUUUGAUCCUACCCUUCUCUUCUGGGGAAGGAGGUCUUAGGUAUAGACUGCCCUUAAAAGGACUGGGCAGUGCCAAUGCUGGUGGUUCUGUUAGGAUUCUUGCUCCGUGUUUGCAGUCAUGGGAUUGUUGUCUAUCACAUGAUGGUGUAUGUUUUCAUUCCACAGUGUGGGAAGUGACGGAGACAGGAUGUUUUGUGUUACUGUGUUCUGGAAAGUGGGACUAUUGUCCUUUGUUCUUUUUCUCUUUGCUGUCUAACGAGAAAGAGGAAGGAGCUAAGUCAGAAUGCUCCGAGUGUAUUAUAUGUAAAUAAAAGUAGAUUAGCCAAAAUGCUGUGCUGCUGAGUUCUGCUAUGCAAACUGCAAAUACUGCAGGAUCCCUAAGCAUGCUAAUGCCUUUUGGUAUCAGUCGCUGUGAUGUUCGGGCUGGAGAAAGCUUUUGAAGCUCCCGAACGACCGACCAGGAGGGAGAGAACAUGCCAGUCAGGCAUGUUUCUCUGUCAGGGUCCUACACGAGUGUAGGGAGCUUCAAAAGCUUUCUUCUGCCCGAACAUCACAGCGACCGAUGCCAACAGACAUCGGCACACUUAGGGAUCUGCAGAGUCUUCGCAGCUUGCAUAACAGACCUCAGCAACUCAGCAUUUUGGCUAAUCUACUUUAUUUACAUAUAAACACACACGGAGCACUGCAACAUGGCUCCCUCUCUCUCUAGCAUCAGACAGCAAAGAGAAAGGACAAAGGACAAUAGUCCCGCUUAACAGAAGACAGUAACACAAACAUCCUGUCUCCAUCACUUCCCACUCUGUGGAGUCAAAACACACCACAUCAUGUGAUAGACAACAAUCCUAUGACUUCAAUCAUGGAGCAGGAAUUCUAACAGAUCCCUCUAAGGAUGGUGAGGACAGCGGUGUUAGCGCAAUGGAAGCCCAAAUCCUUACUCAAGGCUCCAGAGUUUGCUAGGGAUUGAGCAACAUUCAGGUUAAGCUCGUCCAACUUCCGAUCCCACUGUCAAGGCGGAAGUUGGGAAAGACACUCUCGCCUUCUCCAGAGACACAGUCUCAUGUUUGGCAUGCAUAAAACUCCUGCUGGCCAUGUUUUUGUGUUCUCCAGGCAAGGACCGACAACAACGCCCGCUCCCGAAGCCCCGAAGACAGAGCAAGAAGCCAGCCCUGCCAAAAUUCCUGCCCUCAGACCCCGGACUCCAUCCCCAAUUUGUCAAGAUCAUGGUAGGGCAGGCCAGGUAUAAUACGUAGCUUUUCCUCCUUUUUUGUCUAUAUCUGUGCAGGGCCAAAUAGGCAUGGCCUUUGGUAGGGGACGGAAGUCGGCAGCUGGCAGCCCGCGACCCAUAUUUGGCCCAUUGCUUACACACACACACACACACACACACACACACACUGGCAUAGGAAUUAUAGUCCUGCAAAAUAUGGAGGUCCAUAGAUUAGCCACGCCUGCAGUCUGAGGACCCUUUCUUACCUAGGCCACUUCUUUUACCUUUAUGGCAAUGCUCUAGUCAUUGCACCUACUUGAAAAGAGCCUUUUUACACAAGCAAGGAGUAGAUCUGUGUUUAAAUGCUGAACAAACAAUAGCUUUUGCCGGUGUAAACACCACCAAGAAUUUCUGAGCUGGAGCAAAAUUUGUGCUUGUUUUUCCUAGAUAGAUUUGGGAGGGCGGGAUGUCGGGGAUGCAAUCCUGUUUUGUCCUAGUUCCUAACAUCUCUGGUGGUGCUUUGGUGGGGGCAUGAGCGGUGGUGUGCACGCUUGUGUACAAAGCACGUGCAGGGCAAAAGAACCCACCUCGGCGCUUUUGUACCUACUGGGGAAGUAUGGAUUUAGCAAAGUUGUGGCUGAGAAGUGUUCUAGCCCUGUAUUUCCAAAACUACUGCCACAGGGUGCACGUUUUGAAUACGAUUGUGUGCAUCCUUUGGCAACUCAAACACUAAUGCAUUUCUUGUGGCAUGCACUUUUUACCUCAAAAACGACUGGACUAGACCACUGCAAUGUGUUAAACAUGGGGUUGUCUUUGAAGGCCUCUUGUGGCCCCUAGAAGUCUGCCCAGAAAGAAAAUGCAGCUCUCAGGCUGUAAAGGUUUCCCUGUAGCUGUUCCAGUGCUAGUAAUAGCCCAACAACACUCCUCCACAACCCUGUAUUUCAUUAUUUGGGCGGUUUACUGUGAUGGAAAUAUAAUAAUUAAGCAUUUGCAGCCCUCUAAUGUUACCCUCAAAUCUGCCACCAGAGACACCCUACUCUCCAUAAUGGGCAAGGUGCAGUUGUGCCAAGUCAAGUUUUAUCUACUGAAAGCCACUAGCCUUUAUAAAUUUUCAUUUUUGAAACUCUUUUUCUGCCUGCAUUUCUGAGGAACUCAAGUCAGAGGGAAGUUUGGAGCUGAUGUGCUAUUACAAUGUAUUGGUGACUAACUUGUGUUAAUUCUUUGGUACCCUGAGGCAAAGAUAACAGCCUUAGGUUUUUAAAGCAGAGGUUUUCAACCUUUUUGGGUCCAUGGCUCCCUUGACCAAUGACAUUCUUUCUGCGGCACCCCUGUGGGGCUCAGGAGCCCAGUUGUGUCACCUCUUGCCUGCAGAGCUGGCAGCCCCUCACCCCUUUUCGGACAUCCUUGCUUAUGGAGUGUUCCCUCAGCCUCCUCUCCCCUCUCCUUGGGAGUCCUCUGGGCAGCCACAGCUGACACCUCUGGUCUCUGAACUGCCCCCCCCACCUGCCCCAAAGAGAGGUGCCUUUUCACACUGCCCCACAGGGGCCUGGGAAGCACCCCCUGGCCAGCCCCAGAGGCACCAUUUGCCUGGAGAGCUUGUAGCCAGGGCUGCUGCUGCUGCAACAAAUAGUUGUGCAAGCCUUUGGGUGGCAGAGACACAAGAGGGCAUCAGAGGAAGGGAGGGAAGGAAAGAGGAACAGAGGCCAGGGUUGCCCAUGGCAACCCUGACCCUCAUUCAAGGCACCCCAGGGUGCCAUGGCACAUGUCGGAGCCAGCCGUUACAAAUGGCGCAGUUUAGCAUAAAAUAAAGACACAGAGAGCCAGCAAUAUUUUCAGGAUGGUAUGAGCAGCUCCUUUCGAACUUCUCUCUCCUCCCGUAGCUUUUUUAUUAUCCUUUGUUCUCUCUCCAGCCGCAUGGCCGUUUGCCAAUGUCUCACGUUACCUCAUCUGGUCAAGGCUUUUAUUGCCCCCAUCACCAUAUAGGGUCAUCACUGCCCAGAGGAAACACAACUCCAUUUAAGGUCAAUACAUUCCAAUACAUUGUAAAGCUCAGAGUACUGGUCAGCCGAGGUCAGGGGGCACCCUGCAAUAUUACAAGCCUUUGCCGUGGCUUUAUUACUCCCACAGGCACACUAGUUGAAAACCACAGGUUUAAGGAUAUUUAGCCCCUUCAGAGAAUAGGUAAACGAUCUUCCUGUUUUCAUUGUUUAAAAGGACUCAUAGUUAAAGCUGACCACAGUUUGCUGGUUUGAUCAACACACUAAACUGCGGUUAAUGGAAACCGGAAGCAAAAGCUUCUAAACUCCUUUUCCACAGCCACACUGGAGGAGGAGGAGGGGGGAAAGGAGAAAGUGAGAGCCCAAGGCUUGCUGCGGCUUAUUCGCAUCAUGCCAAAUUAUGGUUUAGUACUUUGUCUGAACAGUGGAGUCGGCAAGCUAAAAGGGGCAAAAUCAAUCCUUCAAAUCAAUAAUGCCUCUGUGGCUUGUACUAUAUGCAUUCCCAGGAAAUGUGCUACUUGUGCAUGCAGCGUGCUCAGAGGAGCAUCCCUUUGUACUUGGGUGAAGAGAAGAGGAAGAAAGAGAAGGAAGAAGACAGGAUAUUGGCACAGUAUCAGGCCCUAAAGGAUCACGAAGCCUUUCAGAGGCAGCUGGUAAGGCGGCACAAGAAUAAAAACAACACCCUUUUCUUCUUCGUCUAAUUUAAAAAAAGUGCAGAUCUUUUGAACAAGAAAAGGGAUGCUUCUACUGAGGAUGGAUUCACACAUGCAGAAAUGCCUGUAUUAAGAGGAAAUUGGGCAUGAAAAUGCAAAAAUUAGUGACAGUAUAUGAAAAUGCAUUGUAUUAGGGGGAAUGGCUUGCAGAAAUGUGCAUAUUUGUCAAAACCGCAAGCACACCUGUUUGCUGUAGGAGAAGACCCCUCUAAGAUGCUGGUGAAUUUUCAUGAAAAUUAAAAGUUGCCAGUUGUUGUGGAAAUGUGGAGAAAUGAAUUUAACAUUGGGAAAAUGAGAAACCGGCAGAUUUGUUUGUUCAUGGUCUCUGAAUAAGGUAGCCUCUUAUGUUCACUGCUACCAGUGUGUAGAGGUUGCUUGUUUGAGAACAUCUCCUGGGUUAAAGUCUCCAUGCAGGUGCAAAGCUAAUAUAUCUAGGGGAAGAAUUAGACUGAGAGAGUAAGAGAAAGUGUUGUGUUGCGUUGCCUUUCUUGUUUGUUGGGGCUUUCUCACACCUUUUUGUCAUGUUUGUUUGUAAGUCACUUUGGGUUCCCUUGGGGAAGAAAAAGCGACUAACAAAUUAAUAAAUAAAAAUAGCAAUGAAGAUAAUGAUAAUAAUAAUAAUAAUAAUAAUAAUAAUAAUAAUAAUAAUUUAUUUAUACUCCGCCCAUCUGACUGGGUCUCCCCAGCCACUCUGGGCGGCUUCCAACUAAAUAUCAAAAACAAUACAGCAUCAGACGUUAAAAACUUCCCUAAACAGGGCUGUCUUCAGGUGUCUUUUAAAAGUAAAAUACCGUAUUUUUCGUCCCAUAGGGUGCACCUAGUUUUUUUGCGGGGGAGAAAUAAAGAAUUUUUUUUUUAUUUCCCCCCCCCCAGGUGCGGGGCUUGGGCGGGGGAAGCCCGAGCUUCCCCCGACCCCAGCCCCCAGAACAGGCUGCUAUCCGCAAGCCUAGGGAGCCAGGCGGGAAGUCGCGCUGGGCUCCCAAGGGUUGUGGAGAGCUGCCCGAAGCCCGGGGCACGCUCUGCUGUGCUUGCCAGGUUUCGGGCUGUAGGCUGCUGUCCGCAAGCCUUGGGAGCCCGGCGGCAACUCCCGUGGGCUCCCAAGGCUUGCGGAUAGCUUCCUGAAGCCUGGACAGUGCGUGGGGGCGGUGCGCACCGACCCCUCUCACUCUCCAGGCUUCAGCGAAAGCCUGCAUUCGCCCCAUAGGGCGCACACACAUUUCCCCUUCAUUUUUUGGGGGGGAAAAGUGCGUCCUAUAGGGCGAAAAAUACGGUAGUUGUUUAUUGCCUAGACAUCUGUUGGGAGGGCGUUCCACAGGGCAGGCGCCACUACCGAGAAGGCCCUCUGCCUGGUUCCCUGUAACCUCACUUCUCGCAGCGAGGGAACCGCCAGAAGGCCCUCGGUGCUGUAUCUCAGUGUCCAGGCUGGAUGAUGGGGGUGGAGACGCUCCUUCAGGUAUACAGGACCCUGCUCUGUCGCCCUUCGCCUCAAAUGCAUCUAUUAGAAUGCUGAGAGGGAGAGAUUGCAUUGCACGUUUAAGGCAAAGCAUUAUUGUAAGCUGUUGGUUUCUCACCCCCUUUUAUUCUGCCCUCCCCUUUCACUUUGAAUUCACCUCCGGCAAAUCUCCUCCACCACAGAUGCGAGCGAUGACAAAUCGAGAAGAGAACCAGAGAAUUGCGGCUUUUAACCUCGGGGUUGCCGAAGCCACCAGGAACCACAAGAACGAUAAACCUUCGGACAGCUACGUGAGUUCAUGCCCUCUGCGAUAGCCCUGGCAUCUCUGGUCAAAGCGGGUUCAUCUUUUUCCACUCAAGACAGGGAGGUGCUCUGAAAUAGCUCAGUACUUAUUUAUUUUCUCCGAAUACCAGGGUAAUACCAGGGCAGGGUGCGAUAAUAUAAAUGAAAACAAUCCAUGAAAACAUUCAUAAAACAGUGGUACCUUGGUUCUCAAACUUAAUCCCUUUCCGGAAGUCUGUUCCAAAACCAAAGGGUUCCAAAACCAAGGUGCGCUUACCCAUAGAAAGUCACGCAAAACAGUUUAAUCCAUUCCAGACUUUUGAAAACAACCGCUAAAACAGCAAUUUAACAUGAAUUUUACUAUCUAACAAGACUAUUGAGCUAUAAAAUGAAAGCAAUAAUCAAUGUACUGUACUAUAAAAUAAAUAAGACAGUAUUGUAGAUGAUAAAAACAAACAAACCUUACCUGCACUGAUGAUAGUCAUUGUUUGGAUGGGGGACCUUUAUCCAUUUCCACAGCCACACAAUCAAUCAAUCAAUCAGUCAGUCAGUCAGUCACUGAACUGGGUUCCACACAGUCACAAAAACAAAUUAACCGAAAAAGCCUUAAAAACAAAAAUACAAAAAAUAGCAAAAACAAAAGCGCCAAACUUAAUCCAUUCCGGAAAUCCAUUUGACUUCUGAAAUGUUCAAAAACCAAGCCGCAGCUUCUGAUUGGUGCAGGUGCCCCAGAAACAAUAGCCGACAUCCGCAUCAGACGUUCAGCUUCCAAAAAACGUUUGAAAACCGGAACACUUACUUCCGUGUUUUUGGCGUUUGAGAAUCGGCGUUUGAGAACCAAGGUACCACUGUAGUGUUCAGAAUCUGGCCAGUCCCUCAACCUUAGCAAUAGCAGAAGGUUCCACCCCCCCCCCCCACACCAGGACUGUACUCUGGGUUUACCGCUAAUGUCAUUGAUUUAUUCAUUACAUCAAUAGUCCAGCUUUCCUCCAAGGAGCUCAAGGUGCCACACUUGGUCCUUGCUCUCUUCACAACAACCCUGUGAGAUAGGCAAGGCCAGAAGAUGGUGACUGUCCCAAAGCCACCCAGUGGUGCAUCGUGGCGCACGGGGGAUUUGAACCCCAGUCUCCCAGGUCCUGCUUUAACCUCUAACUGCUAUACUGCACUGAAUCAUAGAAUCAUAGAAUCAUAGAGUUGGAAGAGACCACAAGGGCCAUCGAGUCCAACCCCCUGCCAAGCAGGAAACACCAUCAGAGCACUCCUGACAUAUGGUUGUCAAGCCUCUGCUUAAAGACCUCCAAAGAAGGAGACUCCACCACACUCCUUGGCAGCAAAUUCCACUGUCGAACAGCUCUUACUGUCAGGAAGUUCUUCCUAAUGUUUAGGUGGAAUCUUCUUUCUUGUAGUUUGGAUCCAUUGCUCCGUGUCCGCUUCUCUGGAGCAGCAGAAAACAACCUUUCUCCCUCCUCUAGGUGACAUCCUUUUAUAUAUUUGAACAUGGCUAUCAUAUCACCCCUUAACCUCCUCUUCUCCAGGCUAAACAUGCCCAGCUCCCUUAGCCGUUCCUCAUAAGGCAUCGUUUCCAGGCCUUUGACCAUUCUGGUUGCCCUCCUCUGGACACAUUCCAGUUUGUCAGUGUCCUUCUUGAACUGUGGUGCCCAGAACUGUACACAGUACUCCAGGUGAGGUCUGACCAGAGCAGAAUACAGUGGCACUAUUACUUCCCUUGAUCUAGAUGCUAUACUCCUAUUGAUGCAGCCCAGAAUUGCAUGGUUCUCAUCUCUUUGGGGGUUUUCAACAGGUGUGAUUUUGUCAUGGGGAAGAGACAUUUCAGGCCGUGGCUAGAGGCAAGAGCGUAUGCUUUGCAUGCAGGAGGGCCUGGGUUCAACCCAGGCAUCUCCAGUGGGACUAGAGAGCUGCUGCCAGUCCAUGUUGGCAAUGCUGAGCUACAAUGACCUGAUGGCCUGGCUCAGUCUAAGGCAGCUCCCUGUGUUUCUGUGGUGGUUGGGAAUUCCCUCAAUGCACAAGAUUAGAUGAGGUCUUCUCAACCGACGGGUGCCUCUCUCCUGAACAGAAAUCGUACAUCUUUGAGAAGAGACCAACCAGUGCCACCAUUCAGCAAAAGCAAGAGGUGUACGCACAACAGCUGGGGAAGCAAGUGGACGACAAGAUGGCCAGAGAGUUGAAGCUGAGGCAGGAUCAGGACCUCAUUGACCGCCUGGAGCAAGUGCAGCUGGCAGAAGAGUAAGUCUUCUGGGACGAGUUGUCCCUGUAGGCCAGGGUUUCCCAAACUUGGGUCGCCAGGGACUCAGCUGUUGUUGUUGUCAUUUAGUCGCGUCCGACUCUUCGUGACCCCAUGGACCAGAGCACGCCAGGCACUCCUGUCUUCCACUGCCUCCCACAGUUUGGUCAAACUCAUGCUGAUAGCUUCGAGAACACUGUCCAACCAUCUCGGCCUCUGUCGUCCCCUUCUCCUUGUGCCCUCCAUAUUUCCCCACAUCAGGGUCUUUUCCAGGGAGUCUUCUCUUCUCACAAGGUGGCCAAAGUAUUGGAGCCUCAGCUUCAGGAUCUGUCCUUCCAGUGAGCACUCAGGGUUGAUUUCCUUAAGAAUGGAUAGGUUUGAUCUUCUUGCAGUCCAUGGGACUCUCAAGAGUCUCCUCCAGCACCAUAAUUCAAAAGCAUCAAUUCUUCGGCGAUCAGCCUUCUUUAUGGUCCAGCUCUCACUUCCAUACAUCACUAUUGGAAAAACCAUAGCUUUAACUAUACGGACCUUUGUCGGCAAGCUACACAGCUGCAAAUGAAAUGUUUCAAAUGCGUUGUAAAGUGCAACAUACAAAUGUGACACUAGAUGGCGAGAGUGAGCUAUGCGAAAUUCAAUGUGUUUUUCAAAACUUUUUUUUUUGAAAAAAGCAUUUUCACAGCGUUUUUUAAUAUGUGUGUAGAUUCUACCCAGCUGUUUUUGGACUGCAGUUCCUAUCAGCCCUGACUUCUGGUCCUGCUAGCUGGUGAUGAUGUGAGUUGUAGUCCAAAAACAGCUGGAGACCCAAGAAAACAUUACUGUAGUUGUUCCUUUCUCAAGGUGUUUUCCACUGCGAGGUGUGACGCAGCCUGCCCCAACCUGGUGCCCUCCAUAUGUUGGCAGACUACAAUGCCCAUCAUACCUGAGCACUGACCGCAGUGACAGGCUGCUGGGAGUUGUAGUCCGAAACCUCUGGAAGGUACUAGGUUGGUGAACUGCAGGUGACAUCAGAUAUUUUCAUAUCUUCUUUAUGGGCUGCUUUAAGAGCUGCAGGGAGAUAUCAGGUAUUUUCACAUUUUACCAAUAAAGGGCCAAAGGAAUUGAUUUCCUAAAUAGAAUUAGAAACAAAAUUGUUUAAACAUAAUGUGCUGGCUAAAAUAGAGAUGUAUAAUCAAGUCAGUCAGAACUCUGAUUGGCUUUCCAGGGCAAGACCACAAUUUAUUUCCUCUCCCUCCUUUCCAAAAUUGCUGUUGGGUAUAGUUCCUACUCAUAAUUAGGGCACUUUUUCAUGUUUUAAAAGCUAAUGGGCAUAUAAUUAAACUAAAGAUUUUAAUAAACGAAGAAGAGAAGACUGACGAUGUAUCAGGUGUCAGGAGUGGGAUAAUAUUCAACUGCCUAUUUGUCAGAACAGCACCUCUGUACACUUCAGGUAAAGAGAGAGCCUUAGGGCUCUGGACCCUGAACAAAUAUAAUAUUUUUAUUUUUUAAAAAUUAAUAAAUUGAAAAUUUUCAACCCUGUUGUAAAGUGGCCUGAAAUAAUUCCUACAUUGUCAACCACUGGGCAGGAGUUAAUCCUGUACAGUAAUCUAGAACUGUGUGUGAAAAAAUAACAAAUAACAAUACACUGAGUCUAAUCGGAAGUCAAAUGUGUUUAUUUUCUUCUUUUAAUUCUUUCUUUCUUUUUCUUUUUUCUUUUCCUCUCUUUCCUCUCUUCUUUUCUCACCUUCUUUUGGUCUUUUUCUUUUUGAUUUGCUAAGAAAGAGAUAAAGAGAUAUAAGUUAAAUAUGAAAAUUUGCAUAAAUUGAUGUUUUGUAAUUUGUCAACUAUUGUUAAAGAUGGUCAGUUGUAAUGAACUGACAUAUUAGUUAUUGUGGAUUUUUUUUAAUUGUUGAACCUCAAUCUCAAAUAAAAGUUAUUUUAAGCUUUUAAGAAAAAGGAGUAAAUCCUACUGAAAUUUGGUUGGCCGAAUGCUACACAUGUUCCUCUUUCUCUUUCUAGGUUAGCUGCCCAAAGAACAAAAUACCUGAAGGACAAAAUGGAAGAAACAAAGUGUUAUAAGAGAGCACUGGACACGCAGGUAAAAAUGAGGGAUGGCAGUUAACAGCGCAGCCCCCCAGGUGUGUUUAUUCAGAAGGGAAUCAGUGGGGCUUCCUCCAAGAUAAGUGGAUAUGGUGCUGCAGUCCUAUUGAAUGAACCGAAGCCCUAUUAUUAUUAUUAUUAUUAUUAUUAUUAUUAUUAUUAUUAUAUCAGGGUGAAUUUUAGGCUGUGGAGCUACAUAGAGGAGCUGACUGAUUGCCUCCUUUCAAAAAAACAUUAUGAAAAAGAAGCUUGGCUUCUCUAAUCUCAAGGUUGUGGGUUCGAGCCCCAUGUUGGGAAAAAAGAUUCCUGCAUUGCAGGGGGUUGGACUAGAUGACCCUCAGGGUCCCUUCCACCUCUAUGAUUCUAUGAUUUCCACUUGCGAUUCCCAGAAACUGGAAUUCAGAAGUAUACAGACUCUGAUAGGAGAGACUGAACUAUAGCCAUCAUGGCUACUAGCUAUUGAUAGCCUUAUCCUCCACAAAUUUGUCUAAUCUUCUUUUAAAGCCGUCUUGUAAAUCUGCUCUGUAGGGUUGGGACUUUAUAUACAUUAUUUACACAAUGGGUCCCACGUGAUUGGCUAGUUCCGGGAUUCACCUGUAGGCCAAUCAGGCUGCGGAUUCACUUCCACCUGGAGUUGGAUUGGGUGGCUCCUGCGGACCAAUCAGACUGCUGCAUUCUGGAUCCCAUUGUUCUAGGACCAAUCAGACUGCUGCAAUUUGGAUCCUAUUCAACUCAGUACAUAACACCAAACAUCCCACACUCUCUCAACCGUUCCUCAUAAGGCUUGGUUUGCCUUAUCCACACGUUCUGUCUUCACACGUGGUAUAGAUCACAGUGUACGGGGCUUCGUAGUUCCCCUAGACCUGUUUCCGCUUCCUUAUGAAAGAAGCAGGCGUAAGAGGAAAGAGUAAGGCUCAUUUUUCGCCCUCCUGAAUUUGGACCCAGAUAAAGAUGAGGCCAGCUCCAUUGCCGCAGUACGAGCCUGAUUCGGCCGGGGUCAUCUUUGGGAAGAACGACAUGAAUAACGAAAGAAUGGGAGAAGAAAAGAAGCGCUGCCAGGAAUAUUCCAAAUGCCAGCUGCAGGCGGCUGCGGAACGCAAGCGGGCAGCCAUCCUCAGAGACCUGAUCGAUCAGCGGAGAGCAGCAGUGAUGCUUCAGAGAGCGAAGGAACAGUAAGAACACAAAAUGGUCGUGCUACGGUUUCCCCAGUAGAUAUGCAGAACCGGGCCAGUCUUACUGUUGUAAUGAUUAUCCACAGCAUUUUUAUCCUGCCCCAAAAAGGCUCCCAGGAAUCAGUAAUAAGAAAGUCUCUGCCCUUGGGCUUACAGUCUAAAAGACACAACACGAAAGGAAAUGGGUUGGGAAGAAAUAAUGCAAACUUGGGCAUUAUUUCUUAGCUGCAAAGUUCUUGUAAUUAGGCAGUGGGAGGGUGAAUCCUUCAGGCAGCAGACUUCUGGGUUUCCGGAAAGGUCAACAAGUUGCUUAAAAAAUAUAUAUAUAUUAUCAUCAUCAUUUUUGUUCCCCAAGUAAUGUUCUUGUGGAAUUUUCUGCACUGGGUGCCGCAAUAACUUGACUAGCCUUGGGUAUCAUGCACUUUGCUUGGGGAUAGGGGAGGAAUCCUGCAAACUCAGAUUCCUAAUUGUACUUGCCUUAUUUGACUGGAUCAGGUCUCGAGAUCACUGCCAAAUCUACAUUCCUUUACAAUGCCGCCCAGUCUUGCUCCUUCCAGUUUUGCUCCUCAGCUUAAUCUUCCUGAAGACGAUGGAAGUUGCAGUCCAACAAUAUCUGGGGACCCAUAGCUGAAGAACAAUGGUCUAGGUCUAGAUAAUAUUGAGGUAGAUGGACCAAUGAGCUGACUAGGUGUAAAGCAAGUUUCCUACACGGUGACAGAUUUACGUAUAAGCUAAACAAGCUAUAGCUUAGGCCCCCACUCUCUUGAAGGCCCCAAUUUUUUUAAAAUACAAAACAAAACUGGAUGUACAUUUCCAAAAUAUAAGAUAAAAUACAAAUAGAAUAAAAGCUACAUACAGCAACAGUGUUUUGUGUUGUGUAGGCUCCUAUGAUGUAAGUCAUGGGCUCCGCCUGCUAGCCUGCUCCCUAAAAUAUCACUGGUUUGCUCAUUUCUAUAUAUAGGGUGUGGGACACAGGUGGCGCUGUGCGUUAAACCAUGGUGCUGCUUGGGCUUGCCGAUUGAAAGCUCGGCAGUUCGAAUCCCCAUGACAGGAUGAGCUCCCGUUGUUCAGUCCCAGCUCCUGCCAACCUAGCAAUUCAAAAACACGCAGUGCAAGUAGAUAAAUAGGUACCACUCCGGCAGGAAGGUAAACGGCGUUUCCGUGCGCUGCUCUGGUUCGCCAGAAGUGGCUUAGUCAUGCUGGCCACAUGACCCGGAAAAACUGUCUGCGGAAGUGGACAAAUGCCAGCCCUGUAAAGCGAGAUGAGCGCCGCAACCCCAGAGUCGUUCGCAACUGGACUUAAUUGUCAGGGGUCCCUUUACCUUUACCUAUAUAUAGGGUGCCUACAUUCUGCAUGGACUGGUUGCAUGGCAACAUGUGGUAAUGGCUUUAGAUACCCAUUAGGUCCAUAAAUUAAAGGUAAAGGGACCCCUGACCAUUAGGUCCAGUCGUGACCGACUCUGGGGUUGCAGCGCUCGCUUUAUUGGCCGAGGGAGCCAGCGUACAGCUUCCGGCUCAUGUGGUCAGCAUGGCUAAGCCACUUCUGGCGAACCAGAGCAGCUCAGGCAAACGCCGUUUACCUUCCCGCCAGAGUGGUACCUAUUUAUCUACUUGCACAUUGACAUGCUAUCAAACUGCUAGGUUGGCAGGAGCAGGGACCGAGCAAUGGGAGCUCACCCCAUCGUGGGGAUCUGAACCGCCGACCUUCCGAUCGGCAAGUCCUAGGCUCUGUGGUUUAACCCACAACGCCACCCGCGUACCUGCGCCACCCACAUCCAUAAAUUACGAUAUAGCAUAUAUUCAACACAAAAAACAGUGACAAUUGGUUGUUGACGAAGGACAGCUGGACAUAGAACCAUUACCUUCAGUAGCUUAGGGCCUCAUCAAACCUAAAUCCGGCCCUAUGUACACCCCUAAUGGUUUUUUGGAGGGGAAGCCUGUGUGUGCUCUUAUUGCAACCUAUUGCAAAUGUGCAUUGUUAGUUUUCCGGGUUUGCACUAUUUAUUCUAUUGGGGGGAACAGAGCAAUGAUCUGAAAGGAGCCAGGAUCUGACUCUCCCUCCCACCCCCAACGCUGCAUUUUCUAGGUUGAUGGCUGAAAAAGGAGAGAGGCUAGAGAAGAUAUUCCAGAUGAACUUAGCCGUGCAGGAGGACUGGAAGAAGAGUGCUGGGAUGAGGAGGCAGCGGGAUUACGAAGAGCAGAUCUUUAGACGGUAAAGUUCAGCUGACGGCCAAACUCGCCAGCCCCUUCCUUUUUUUAAAAAAAAUGAUAUUUAUUGAGAGUUUUAAGAUUACAGAGAAAAAAGAAGGAAAAAACAAGAGAAAGAGAAAAAGAAAGAAAAAAAAGUAGAUAAAAGUAACAAUUAAACAAUACAAAUCAGUAAUAACCAAAGUCAAAAAGAAAAAACAAAACACACAAUACAUCAAAAUCAAAAAACAGAAAUAAACAAAAAAUUUAAAAACAGAUCCAAUAUUCCCAGAUCCUUAACUGUCAUUACCUUAUUUCAUCGACCUCCUCACACCUCCCUUUUUUGUAUUCUAGUUGUUAAUUAUCUCAGCAAACCCUUUCCAUCUUUCACAAUAUUCUGUCCUUAAAUUACCUUAAUCUAUUUUAACCUUAUCUUACCAUAAAAACCCUAAAACUUAAAACUUAAAUCUUAUUUAUACCAGAUUCUCUUAACCAUAACAUAUUCUUACAUAAUUCUUUUUAACAUUUCUGCUAAAGCCAAAUAAUUUCAUUCCAACAUUUUUCUAAUACUCAUUAAUUUUACGACACUUUUCUAAAAGAAUUUUUAAAACUUUCUUCCAAUCUUCAUCCAUCGUCUCUUCUUCCUGGUCUCGGGUUUUGUCAGUCCUUUCUAUCCCAUCCAUCUAGUCCAUCAACCUGGUGACCUUAUGUCCGAGGCUCUUAAGUCUCUUCCAUGUCCCUUCCGCAGGUCUUCUUCAUAUUUAUACCUGUACUUUACUUUGUCUUCUGCUCCUUUCACUCGGGGAGACUCCAGCUUGACAAUAUUUUUGUCCCUUCUCGACAAGUCAGCCCCUUUUCCAUAGUCAACACUGAAAUCCAUGUGGUAUUUAAAGGCAUGUUUCAAGGUCCCUCCAAAGUCAAAGGCCCCCACAACUCCGAGCUCUCCCCGGCCCAAAGCCAGACUUGGGUCAAAACAUCCCUAUCUAUCCAGCCCCCCACCUCCAAGCCAAACUGGACUCCAUCUCUCCAAAUCUGACUUUUUCCAGGUUCGUUCGUCGAAUCCAACCACUCAUAUUCCUGCUGGGCCACAGCUCCCUCCAUCUCUGCCACCCAAGGUCCAGAAACAACCUCCUCCCUCAUCUGAUCUGUCAAAGCACAUUCCUGGAUUAAUUCCUGAGUGGGUUCUAUGUAGGUACCCACUGCCUGUCCAAAAUUUCCGAUCGCAACAGUCAUCAAAUCCAUCUUCUCAUGUAACUGUUCCAAUAAAGCACUUGUCUUGCAAAAGGCAAGCACCAGAGCCUCCGAGUACAUUCUUGUUCAAGGUCGAAGUCUGGUCCCACGAUCUUAAUCUAUUGCAGCUGCAAAGCUCCCCAGUUCGGUUUUAAUAACAGUUUCACAAGCUCCCUCUAGGGGAAACAAUUUCUAUUUGUAUCCAUCUUUUUUUUUUCUUUUAAAAGCAGAUCUAGCAACAAAGUUUUCCUUUUUCAGAUAUUUUGUCAAUAUUUUGUUCCUUUUAAAUGCGAAGGGGAACAAUGGAAUCAAUAUGUUUCUCAUCUUUUAACUAUCUGUCAAAAACGUUUGUCCAUAGUCAAUGAACUUCCCCAGAACGUCUGUCCUGACACCCUGUUCCCAGGUUCAAGACGGUGGAAAAUUGCCUUUCUUUACUCUCUCUUCUGCAGGUUUAAACAGUCUAAAAAAGGUUCCCCCCUCUUCUCCUGCUUCCAAGGGGGGUUCAGUACUUUUAAAUGAUGAAAAUUUGCUCCUUUACAGACGACUUUCUAAACUCUAGCUUGCCGUGUCUUUGCUUCAAUCUAUCUACAAAAGCGGAAGGCGGACUUCCUGUUUAGACCUUCCCGCUUCAGUGCCAAAUUUAAAAAAAAUUCUUAAUCCAAUUUUCCGUUCUACUCGCGGGCAGUUGUUUAAAAUCCAAUUGUCCACAGGAAAAAGUCAGCGCUCUCCGGCAACAGCAAUGCGGCUUCUCUUCGUGAAAGAAGCAGUCGAUUCAAAGCACCGCGCCACUCACCCCACGUCGCUCCGGAUCCCCGAAACUGGGUUUCCCCGCGAGUAGGGGGGGGCGCAAAGGUGCCAGCUGAAUCCCACAUCCACAGGCUUCUCCCGCCUGUGGUUUUUAAUGGGUCUCCGCCUCGCCGUGGCGGUUCAGACCCUGUUUUCCACGGAGCGGAUUCCUCCCGAUCGGAGGAAAUCCGCCAUUGCCAGAGGCACCAACCCGGAAGUUCCUAUUCAUCUGUUAUCUGUCUUCCCAGCUAAUACUCCUCUUUCAAUUUCUUUAUUUAUACAAGCGUUAAUAAACUGCCAACUCAUGAAAAAUAUUCUGACUGUGUAUACAAUUAAAUGAACAUAAUAAAACACAGAAGCAAUGGCCAACACUCAAUCAAAUUAAUUCCAUUAUAAUGCCAGCCCCUUCCUUGCCUCUCUCUUGGCUGGGCCAGAGUGCUGCCGCUAAGCUGCCAUCCAAAUGGCAGUGGCGUCUUGGCACUCUGUGGGUGAAGAAAGGGGAGUAGCUGAGUCCCACCAUCUCCCUAGUGCUAGGUUCUCUCUUCCUGGCAUUGGUCACCCUCCCAAAAUGACCAGGCUCAGUUUCAUCCAAGAAGAGACAGUCCCAUUGCAUCACGCAGGACUGGGAAUCCUGGGUGAUGACACAGCAUCUCUCCCUGUCCCUGCCCAUCAAAAUUGCUUUCCAUGGGGACAGGACAGUGGUGGCAGCCUAGGUGGAAGAAUGUGUAGACAUCACUGCUGUAACUGAAAAUCUGUUUGUGUGUCUUGGCCUGUUGUAAGAGGAUGUGGAGGAUAUCAGCUGUGAUUAGACAUGAUUAGGCCCCAAGCAAAAUUACUCCCCUUCACAUUCAUCUUUUCCAGUUGCAAAUACAGUGGUACCUCAGGUUACAGAUGCUUCAGGUUACAGACUCCGCUAACCCAGAAAUAGUACCUCGGGUUAAGAACUUUGCUUCAGGAUGAGAACAGAAAUUGUGCUCCGGCGGUGCAGUGGCAGCAGGAGGCCCUAUUAGCUAAAGUGGUGCUUCAGAUUAAGAACAGUUUCAGGUUAAGAACAGACCUCCGGAACGAAUUAAGUACUUAACCCGAGGUACCACUGUAUACGUAUCAAGUCCCAACGACUUUAUUUUGGAGGGGAGAUGAUGUUCUAGAAAAUGUCAGCUCUGUGUUUGAAAUGGGGGUGUGCAACCUUCCUUUAAAGUCUCGUGACAUCACUUGCAGCUGAUAGUAGUAGUAGUAGUAGUAACAACAACAACAACAACAACAACAACAACAACAACAACAACAAUUGAUGUUGCCCCAGCAACUCUGGGCGGCUUCCAACAGUUAAAAAUACAUUAAAAGGUUAAAAAUAUAUUAUAAUUGCCUGUUGCCUUCCUGAAGCUUGUCUUGACCCAUGUGAUUUUUAUUCACCACCUGUCAAUGUGUCAGCAGCACGUGAUAAUUCUCAGCUGAUGGCAUAACAUCCCAUUUUUACUUCCAGAAGGUCCACCCCAGCUCUUCUGUGGCCACUCAGAGUGGCUGGGGCAAAACAACUUCUUCUUCUUCUUCUUCUUCUUCUUCUUCUUCUUCUUCUUCUUCUUCUUCUUCUUCUAUCAAUUGUGGCAAUGUCCUGACACACUAAAUGUGUCAUCAUGCAUCAAAUAAAUAAUAGCAACCAUUAAUUUUGCAAAAUGGAAAGAUCUUUGAAAGGGUGGGGUUUUUUUAGCUUAAGAUUGGAACAAGGAAACAAUUGGCAUAGCACUAACCAAUUUGAAGUCACAGGCAACAUAUCCCUGACAUUCCCAGAAGCUGGGGGAAAGUUGAUGCCUUGAUUGUGAGCAUCCUCUGAUGAAGAUAAACACAUACAUUAAAAAUGUUGUUAUUUAUGUUCCAAUGUGGUUCAGAAGACCCUUCAGAGUGGUGGUUUACAGUACGUAAAAUGUGUGGCUAGCCUGUGGCACUCCAGAUGUUGUUGCACUGCAGCUCCCAUCAUUCCUGACCAUGUUGAUGGGAAUUGGAGUCUACAGUUCAGCCGCCCUGGUGAAAAAUCGUAACAGCAUCAUUGCUAUUCUGAGCUGCCUUAUACUGAGACAGGUGUUGGCUUGUUUAGCCAACGAUGGUCUAUGGCAGUGAUGGCCAAGCUCCAGCUGUUUUGGGACUACAACUUCCAUCAUCCCUAGUGGUCAGGGAUGAUGGGAAUUGUAGUCCCCAAACAGCUGGAGAGCCAAGUUUGGCCAUCACUGGUCUGUGCUGAAUACCAACAGCUCUCAAGGUAUAUGAUGAGGGGACAAUUUCAAGGCUGAAAUUGGUGAGGUGCAGGGUGGGAGGUCUCUGUAGGUGCCCCCAUUGACAAACCCCUUCUAUAAACAGGAAACAUUUCUGAUGAGGUGCAGCAAGGUUUGAGGACAAGGGGCUGGCUGGCAUAUCCCGUUCGGGGAGCCCGUUGCUUUUGCUAAACUCUGUCCCCUUUCCAUUACAGCGCUGGCGACAAACUCCUGCUGCUUGACCAGUGCGCGAGGUAUCGCCGCUGCUACCAGUGUAAGAGGCGCAUGAGCAACUGCGGGGAAGCAAAUGUUUUGGUGGACAGCAAAUACAUCCCUGGAUCCCGGUUGGUAGUUUGAAGCAAGUUCGCUGCUUUGUUUCUUCCCUCUCCCUCUUUCAUCUCGCAAUUUUUUUAAUCAUUCUUUUUUUUUAAAAAAAGAAAGAAAUCCGAUCGUGCUGAUGUGCUUGAUUUGAUUCCCGCAGCUCUGUGCAAUGCAUUCUCCCUGUUUCUGCUGCUUUCUGGCUCAAGAUUCUUGUUCCCCUAGCUUC